CCUUCCCUCACUUUCCCGCCGCGCCAUGUGGCGCCGGUGCCUGCCUCCUUUGCGCCUUGCGCCGCGCUUUCGCGGCGGCUUCCGCAACGUGCGAGGCGUCUCGGGCGCGGAGAGGUGCGGGGUGGUGCUGGACAUCGAUGGGGUGGUGCGGCGGGGCGGUGAGCCCAUCCAGGGCGCCAAAGAGGCGCUAUGGCACCUGGAAAAGGCCUCGGUGCCGUACAUCUUCAUGACCAACGGAGGCGGCGUCACAGAGGCCAAGAAGGCUCAGGAGUUGUCGGAGCUCUUGGAGGUGGAGCUGGACGAGAGUCGGGUGAUCUUGUCCCACACGCCUUUCCGCCUGCAGGCGGAGCGCCUACGCUCACGGCGGGUGGUGCUGGUGGGCGGCUGCGAGACCGAGGAGGUGGCCCGAAGCUACGGCUUCGACGUGGGCGGCCGGGCGAUCACCAGCAGUCAGAUUGUCCUGGGCAGCCCAGACAUCUACCCCUGGCCCGUGCAGCAUGGGGAGCUGCCCCCCGUGGACGUGCAUGCUGCAGGUCCGCCCAUCGAGGCCGUGCUGAUCUUCUACGAGCCAGAGAACUGGGGCAUGGAGCUGCAGGUGCUAUCGGACGUGCUGGCGGGGGGCUUGCCGCUGGGCUCUGGAGCUUCUCAGGCGGCGGAGCUGUGGGUCUCCAACCCUGACUUCCUGUGGCAGGCGGGCUACCCCGUGCCCCGAUUCGGCAUGGGCGCCUUCGUGGAAUCCCUGCAGGCCUUGUGGCGGCGAAGGACUGGUGGGGAGCUGCGAGUGGAGGAGUGCGGCAAGCCGUUCCGCGUCCAGUUUGAGGCGGCCCGGGAGCUCCUGUCUCAGGUCUCCGGUGAUACCCUCGACAGAAUUUACAUGAUCGGCGACAACCCCGCGGCGGACAUCCGCGGAGCCAACCAAGCCGGGGAUCCCUGGCGCUCCAUCUUGGUGUGCACAGGCGUCUACCAAGGCGGCGCCGCCUCAAACGAUCAGGAGGAUCCGGCCUGGCGGGUGGAGCCCGACUUGCUCAGCGCGGUGCGGCGGCUGCUUUGAGGCCGGUCAGGACGGCGACCACCAAGUGCAGCAGGCGAGAAGCUAGCGCCAGUGCACUCGGUGCCUGCGCUGUGAGCUGCAAAGGGCCUUCUGAGUCAGCCGGCGAUACGUGCCCUGUCAACCUGUUUUCGGAGAGGGUUUUCUCUUUGAAU